AUGCACAAAAUAAAGGAUAGCGAAAGUGAUAUAAAUUCAGAUGACUGUAAUGCAACAGCACAGGAUUGCAUUUACAGUUUUAGUUCCCCAAAAAAACAAAAAAUAAAUAUUUCAAAUAGUUCCCUAAAUUCGAGAACAAAGGGAAAUAAGAGCACACUGCCAUCAAAUACUGAUUCCACAUGUACUAACCAAAAUAGUAUUAGUAAGUUAAAAAAAAAACAAAAGGAUUGUGAAUAUAUAAAUGAUAGUAAUGAAGAUAAAGAAACAAACGAUAACGAUGAUAAGGAUAGUGAAUAUCAACUGGAAAAUGACGAAGAUGAUGAUGAUGAAGAGUAUGAAGAAAAUAUAAACAAGUCAGAAGAAUUAAAUGAUGGAAAUGUGAACAAGUCAGAAGAAUUAGAUGAUGAAAAUGAUAGUAAAGAAAAUGAUGAUACAGAAGAACAGAAUAGUUUAUACGAUGAAGAACUAAAUGAAAUAAUUGAUGAAGAAUAUUUUAAAGAAAUAAUUCCAGCAAUACCACGUGAUAUAUUAGGAACAUAUAUAACUUGUUUAAAAACAUGCGGAUUUGAAAGAGAAGUACAAUUAGAUCGAAUGAUAAAUUUGUUAGGAGAUUUGAGAGAUCCUAUAUCUGUGAUACAAGUUUUAGGAUUACCUGGAAUGGGGAAAACAAAAGUUGUUAAAAGUUUUAUAAAAUUAUUAAAUGUACCAUAUGCAUAUGUAAAUUGUUUAAUGGCUGUUUAUCAAUCAGGAAAGUCAGCAAAGAAUGCUAUAUACCAUACAAUACUCAAAGAUUUAAGUGUUAGUUUAUUAAAAGAAUUUGAUGAAUAUAAAAAAUUUAAUAAUAUUACAGAUUAUCAAUAUGAUCCAACAAAACUAGUUCCUAACCAUGUAUCAAAUACUGAUGUUUUUUUUAGUACAUUACAUAAGCUUUUGUCAUUUACUCCAGAAAAUGAAUUUAACUUGCAAAAAAAUGAUAAAGAAAUGAAAGGAAAUGACAAGAAAGGCAAAAAUAUAAAAAUAAAUGAAAAAGGAAAGCAUAACAAACUUGAUAAGGGUAGAAGUAAAUCACAAAAUAUCUCAUCUGUAGAAAAAAAACAGUUAGAAGACGAACAAAAUAAUGCAAAAAAAAAUAGGAUAAAAAUAUAUAGCAAUAAAAAUUAUUACAAAGAUAAAUUAUAUGAUAGAUCUGUUGUAUUUAUAUUAGAUAAUAUUAGAUAUUUGGUUAGAACCCAUCCUGAUUUAUUUUAUGCAUUAACAAGAAUACAUGAAUAUAUUAAAGGUCCUUAUAAUGAUUUAAGUAAAGCUAAUAAAACAACAAGAGGAUUAUGUGUAAUAUUAAUUAAUAGAUCACCAUUACCUGAUGAAAUAUUUGAUGGGUUACCACAACCUCCAACUGUUUGGUUUGAUUCAUAUACAUCUGAUAUGUGCAAGAAUAUAUUAUAUAGAUUAUAUAGUACUAUGUGUUUUGAAUCUUUACUAACUUAUAAUGAUAAAGACCUCAAAAUAUAUUACACUACAAAUAAUAAUCAAGGAAAUACAGGAAAAGAAUUUAUAAUAAAAAAAAAUAAUGUUGUUUUAGAAAAUGAUGUUAUAUAUGAUAUAUGGUGUCGAUAUAUUGAUUAUAUUAUAAAUGUUUCGUAUAAGGAUUAUAAAAGUGAUUUUCAUGAAUUAUUAUUUAUAUGCUCUCAUAUGUGGCCUUUAUUUAUUAAACCAAUAAUAGAUGGAGUAUUAGAACCCAUUGUUGAAAAUAUGAAUGCCUUACAAAGAAAUAUAGAUACUCAUAUUCGUGUUGCUACUUAUAAUCAUGCUAGUCAUUUUACCUUCGAGCUAACAGAUUCCGUUUUUUUAAAUCAGACAAAUUUAAAAAAUAAAAUAGAUUUAUCAUUUUAUUCAAAAAUAUUAUUAUUAGGUGCAUAUUUAGCAUCUAGAAAUUCGCCAUUAACUGAUAAACGUUUUUUUAAUGCAACUGUAAAAGGAGGUGCAUUUAGUUUGCCCAAAAAAAGAAAAACAAGAAAUAGUAAUGAAUCUAUAUUAACUUUAAUAGGUCAAUCUAUUCCUAAAAUUUUUACAUUUAUAAGAUGGCUAUGCAUAACAGAUUGUUUAUUAGUAUGUUUUUUUGAUGAACAAUUAAUAUUAAAUAGUUUAAUAUGCCAACAAAUAAAUUCAUUAAUACAAUUAGGGUUUGUUUCAUAUUAUACACCUAAUAAUUUAUCUUGUCUAGUGCGUAAUAGUUUAAUGAAUGGAGUACAGUGGAGUGGUUUUUGUGGUAGUACACUUUUAAAUUCAGCAAAUAAUUUUGCAUUUUUAAAUAAUAGUGUUUUUUGUGAAACUAAUAAUUCAAUUACUUACGACCCUCUCGAUCCAUAUACAAAAUUGACUAUUCAGGUCCCAGAGGAAACAAUCAGAAUUAUUUCAAAGGAACUCAAAAUACCGCUUGACGAGUUGAUAUUGUAA